AGCCCAUGCAGUCGUCGGCGCCUGCCCACUCGUAUAAUCCGGCCACCGUCCUCCGUCUCCUUCGCCACCUCCCCCGCCGGAGUUCCGCCGCUGCCGCUGCCGGCCACCAACUUCACGCUCUCCUCGCCAAGCUCGGCCUCCUCGUCCACCCCACCUUCCUCCCCGCUCUCCUUUCUCACCUUCCGGCUACCUCCCGUUCGUCUCUGUCCCUCCUCCUCGCUGCGCCUGCCAACGUCCUCACGCCAUCCCUCUUCUGUCCUGCAAUCGCCGCGUUCUCCUCCUCUCCCGUCCCGUCCUGCUCGCUCCUUCUCUUCAACCACGUCUCCUUCCUCUCCCUGCCCACCCCGCUCCCCGCCUUCCCCGCUCUCCUCAAGUCAUGUGCGCGCGCUUUCAAGCUCAGCUCCGGAACCAGAGCUGCUGCGGUCUUUGCUGCAAAGGGCGCUGAGCUGCAUUGCCGCCUGCUGAAGCUGGGCAGCGAGCAAGACCGCUACGUGCAAAACAGGCUGGUGUCCAUGUAUGGAAAGUUCGGGCGGCUCGGGGACACGCGGAGGGUGUUCGAUGAAAUACCAAUCAAGAAUGUCGUGUCUUGGAACGCUCUGGUGGGGGCUCAUGGUGCGUCUGGGGAUUUGCAGGGCGCGGAGCGCGUCUCUCUGGCGACGCCGGCAAGGAACAUAUCGUGGUGGAACAAUGAGAUCACGCGAAAUGUGAGGCUUGGGGAUAUGGCCGAGGCUGCAAGGAUUUUCGGGGAGAUGCCUGAGAGGGAUGCUGUGUCCUGAAACUCCAUGAUCGGGGGCUAUGCAAAGAUCGGGAUGUAUGACCGGGCACUAGAUGUUUUUCGAGAAAUGCAGGAGAAUGGUGUGGAACCAACAGAGCUGACGGUUGUGUCAGUGCUUGGGGCUUGUGCAGAGAUGGGAGAGCUAGAGCUGGGGAGGAGAAUCCACAAUUACCUUGAGAGGAAGGGCAUUGCAGCCGAUGGAUAUGUUGGCAAUGCACUGGUUGAUAUGUAUGCGAAAUGUGGAAACUUGAAGCUUGCCAGACAAGUCUUCGGCAGCAUGUCAAUCAGGGAUCUUACAUGCUGGAACGCGAUGCUUGUUGGGUUGUCAGUCCAUGGCCAAUCGCUCGAUGCCCUGAGGCUGUUUGAUUCUAUGAAGAUUGAGCCUGACCAUGUCACUUUUGUUGGCGUUCUGACUGCUUGCAGCCAUGGUGGCCUGGUGAACGAGGGGAGAGCAUAUUUUAACAGCAUGGCUGAAGACUAUAAAAUUGUGCCCAGUGUGAAACAUUAUGGCUGUCUCAUAGAUAUGCUCUGCCGCCACGGUAAAGUGCACGAAGCAUAUCAAAUGAUCAAGGAUAUGCUGAUCAAGGCGAAUUCCGUGCUUUGGAAGAUGGUUAUGGCUGCAUGCAGAGUGCACGGGCGGUCUGACCUUGCUAGCAAAGCUUUUCGGGAAUUGCAGCAGUUGAUGCCAAUCGAUGAUGGGGAUGCUAUCACAGUAUCAAAUGUUUAUACAGAAACAAAGCGAUGGGAUGAUGUUGAACAUCUGAGAAGGAAGGUUAUCGGAUGCAAUGUUUCAAAGCAUGCUGCAUGGAGUCAAGUUCAUGUAAGAUAGGGAGCCAAAUUAAGCAACUGUUGCAAACUGGACGGUUAGUGAUCAGAUUCAACUAAUUCAUUGCCCGAAGAUUGUAGCUCAUCAA